AUUGAACUUUUAGUGAUUUUUUUUGCAGUGAAGUGCAGUGCGUGGUUCACUGCUGAGGUUAUACAUGGUGGAUUUUUCUUUGGCAGUGGCAACAACCGGUGCUAUUUGGAUGGACAGAAGGUUUGCUAUGAUUACUGUCAUCUGGAGAGGGCAUAUUACAUAUUUUUUGAAGAGUUAGUAGAGCACUUGGGUUAUGAAAAGGCUGGUAGAAUUGAUAUGUACUGGUUGCCCCCUGGUUCUCAGAUUAAUGAAGGUGUUGCUAGGCUAUUGUGCAAUGAUGCAGACACAGAUGCUAUGUUUCUAAUGAUCAAUCGAGGGCACCAUUUUCAAAUGAUAUACCUUGAUCAUUUAGGCAGCCAUAUUUCAGGAGGAGGAGCUGAAUGGGACGAUCUAGUGGCUAAUCCAGUAGCCCAAAUUCCUGUUGUUUUCAGUCCAAAGAAGAUGCCAAGCAGAUAUGGAAAUGAAAGUAAUACAUCCUGUAGUGUUGUGGAUGAAAGUCGAGAUAUUUAGAGUCAUGACCAGUUAUUUGCAAGACUCAGACCAAGAGGACAGAAAAUAGAAGAGGAGGAAGAACCAAAUGCAGAUUCUGAUUCUGAUAGUGAUUAUGUUCCUGAAAUUAUUGAUAGUGAUUAUGACUUGGAGGAUGGGGAUGAGGAUUUGUUCCAGGAGCAGCUACAACCAUUGCAAGAUAGGAAAGGGAAGAAGGUGGUGGAGGACUGCAACUCUGAAGAUGAGGAAUUUGAUGCUCCAGAUUCAGAAGAAGAAGAUAUGAAAUUCAAUUUCAAAUCAUUUACUGCUGCAGACAUGCAUGAACCCAAGUUCCAUGCAGGACAAUUGUUCUCUUCAGUGGAGCUUUUGAGGAAAGCAGUUAGAGAGUAUAGUUGCAAAGAGAGAGUGAACAUCACAUUCCCAAAGAAUGACAAAAUUAGGCUUGGUGCAAAGUGUGAGAAAGGAUGCCCCUGGUAUCUAUAUGCAUCUUGGGAUAAUAGGACAAAUUCAAUAAUGGUGAAAACAUUUAACGGCGAGCACACUUGUGAGAAGAAGUGGCAAGUCACGGCCUUUACAGCUAGGUACAUUGCUGACAAAUAUGUUGACAAGAUUAGGGCAUGUGAGAAGAUAACAUUGAAGGCGUUAGCAGGUUUUGUGCAGGAAGAUUGGAAUAUGACAAUUAAAAGGGGCAAGCUAGGGAGAGCUAGGAAAAUUGCAUAUGAUAUUAUAUAUGGUGAUGAGAUUGCACAAUACAACUUGCUAUGGGACUAUGCAAAUGAGCUGAGGAGGUAUAAUCCUGGUACUACUUUCUUUGUUGAACUUUCAGAUGAGGGGCAAUUUCAAAAAUUUUACUUCUCACUUGACGCAUGCAAAAGGGGGUUCUCAUCAGCUUGUAGGCCCAUUAUUUUCCUGGAUGGCUUCCACUUGAAGACACAAUAUGGGGGUGUGCUUUUAAGUGCUGUAGGAAUGGAUCCUAAUGAUUGCAUAUAUCAUGUGGCUCAUGCAGUAGUGCAAAGUGAAGAUACAAAAGCAUGGAGAUGGUUCUUGACUGCUUUCAAGCAAGAUCUUGGCAUAAAUAACACAGAUCUCUGGACCAUCAUGUCUGACAAGCAGAAAGGUUUAAUUAAAGCAGUAAAGGAAUUGUUCCCUCUCUCACCACACAGAUUUUGUGUGAGGCAUCUAUGGCAGAAUUUCAACAAGAAUUUCAAAGGAGAAGCGUUAAAGAAUCAGCUAUGGAAAUGUGCUAGAAGUACUACAGAGGGAAGGUUUAGGGAAAAUAUGAACUAGAUGUUGGUUCUCAGCAGAGAGGCCCAUGAUUGGCUAGAUGAGUUGGAUCCUAAAACAUGGGUCCGGGCUUAUCAAAAUGAUUUCGCAAAGUGUGAUGUGCUGCUCAAUAACAAUUGUGAAGUCUUCAACAGAUACAUCCUGGAAGCUAGGGAAAUGCCAAUCAUAAGCAUGUGCCAGAGGAUCAAGGGCCAGAAUAUGGGAAUGAAUUAUGGAAAACAACAAGAGGCCUUGAAGUGGCAUGGUACUAUUUGUCCAAAGAUAAGAAAAAAAUUGGAUAAGAACAUUGAAUUUGCAAGAACUUGUCAUGCUUCACCAGCUGGAAAAGGAUUGUUUGUAGUAAAUGAUAGAGGUAUGGACUUCAGUGUGAACACAAGAAUGGAGAAGUGUAGCUGCAAAAGAUGGGACUUGUCAGGUAUCCCAUGUUCCCAUGGAGUCUCUGCUCUUAGAUAUGACAAAAUACCACCAGAAUCAAGGGUGAACUCUUGUUACUCUAUUGAAACUUAUUGCAAGGCAUAUGAGCCAAUUAUUAUGCCCUGUAAUGAUGUGACUGAGUGUGCUAAGAUGAAUGGCAGAAAAAUAAUACCACCACCAUUUCAGAGAAAGAAAGGAAGAAGGGCAAAGAAUAGGAGACAGCAACCAGAAGAGAAGCAUAGCAAAAAAGGUGUGAAAAUCAAUAAGGCAGGUACAGUCAUUCACUGUGGAUAUUGUGGAGCUGUUGGACAUAACAUAAAUGGUUGCUUAGACUGGAAAUUAGGCCUUAAACCUAAGAAAAAAACAAAGAGGCAUAGGGUUAGAGCAGAGCCAGAUGUCUCAUCUUCAGACGAAGAAACAGUAUGUCAAACUCAGGAGAUUAACCUUCAAACAGCUGGUGUUCUCAGCCAUGAACAACCUUUGUAUGUGGCACAGAUAGUACAAAGUUUAUCACAAGAACGAGAAUCUAGGCAAAGAGAGGAAGUUGUGCAAGGCCCACUGCCUGAGAAUGCUUUCAUACAGCAGCAGGCCCUAUCACAGCCUCCAGUUCAACCUAGUACAGCAACAAAAACAGAUGAUGUGCAUAGGAAAAGAGAGGUUAUUGCCAUUGCCAGACUUAGAGCUGCAGCUGAGAGAAGGGAGAUAGCAGAUCAGGCAAAGUUUGAUGCAGCAAUUGCAAAACUAAAAGAAGAAGAGGAGAAAAUUAGGAUGUCUAAUGAGAAGAAGAAAGAAGAGCUUCUAGCAAAGAAACAGGCUGCGGAGGAGAAGAAAAAAGCUGCAAUUUAAGCAAAAAGAAUUGUUGCUGAGGAGAAGAAGAAAGCUAGCGAGGAAAAGAAAAAGAAAGCACUAGAGGAAAAACUGGCCAUGGCAGACAAGAGAAGGGAAGCUAUGGAGUUAAGGAAGAAACAAACUGAAGAGGCGAAAAGAGUCAAGGCGGAAGAGAAACAAAGGAUUGCUGAAGAGAAAAGAAGAUUGUGCAAAACUAGAUAUGAUGCAGAGGAGGCACUGUUUUUUAUAAACCAAGCAGAUGAGAUUGGUAGGCAACAAUCAUUUAUGCAAACUCAAGAGGCAGCAAGACAGAGAGCUUGGGAGCAGCGGACUGUUCAACAAGAGGCUACAAGACUGCAAGCUGAAAUUCUACAUAAAGAUAAGAGGGAGCAGAACAAGCCAGAUCCGCAAUGGUGGAGGAGGGUAGGAUGAAUGCAUGUCUGUCCAAGAAAGCAACACUAAAAAGAACUGGAGGAGCUAGCUCUAGUCAAAACGUGAGAGGGUUUAAAAAACCUAGGAAAGUAAACAUGUUCGAUGAACUCAGGGGUGGGUGAAAGUGAAGGAAAUGUGAUGGUUUCAUUUUGUGUUCUGCCUAUGAUCAGACUUAGAACAUGUUAAUGGACAUGUUCUGUUCAUGAUCAUGCUUCAGAUCAUGCUUUUGUAAUAGGUUAUUGUCACUGUGACUUAAACUAGCUAUAUGCACUGCUGCCAGA